AUGGGGGGUUUCACCAACUCGGAGGAUGAGGUCAUCGUCGACUUCCGCCCGGGAGCCAAAUUCCCGCGACUUCCAGCCGGCAAAUUGAUCCUAGUGACCAACCCGGUAGACCCCGUUCAGCUCGAGAUCAUGCACCAGCUGUUGGAGGGCGGAUGCCAGGUCCGCGCGGCCGUGACCUUCUGCGAGCCUGCCGAGUGGCUUGAUGAACUCUUUGACCGUUUCCACCGCAACGGAAGCUUCCGACGUCAAUCGUUCGUCUACGGUCGCCCGGGAUACCAGCUGAACUGGCGACACCUGGUCAGAGGAUGCCACGGUAUCGUGCACCAGACUGUCGUCCCAACAAGGUUCGACACCAUUGAGCAACUUUGGCGCCAGGUCAUCAACACCACUGCAGGCUUGCUGGAGGCCGCCGAGCGCGAGGAGAACAUGGAGUCCUUUGUCCACACCGCCAGCUACAAGAACGCGGCGCCGAUUCAUACCGAAAAGGACCUGGAGGUGACAGCUAAGUCAUGGCACGUCCCAGUCUUGUGGGCAGGGGCUCGGACUCCCGGAAUCCCCGCGGUAGUGCGCGCGUCGUGCUUGUACCGGGCUGAGCAGACGGUGUGGUCGUGGACUGAGGAGGCCAACCCGAAGUUCCGCGUCAACACAAUUGCACCCUCGAACGUCAUCGGCCACCACCUGGCCCCCGACUACAUGGAGCCGUACUGGAAUGAUUGGCUUCACGACAUGUAUCGGUGCCGCGGGAUUGCAAUUGAUUACGUCGAGGACGCUGGCGUUUUACAGCGGCACUGGUACAUUGAUGUCGAGGAUGUGGGACGUCUGCAUGUUGCGGCCCUCUUUGAUCACACGAUCAAAAGGCAGCGACUUUUCGCUUGGGGAUGCUUGCGCGACCGAAACGAUGCCAUCCAAAUACUGCGGGCCCAUAUGGUUGAGAGGAUCAAGAGGCGCGGCGGCACGAUGUAUGAUCAAGAGAAGGCCGAGGAGGCCGCCGCGGUGCACUACCCCGAUAUUGUGGGUGACACCAUCGGGUACGGCCAGACGUACACCGAUACCACGAACGUCAUGGACAUCUUCGAGCGUUGGAAAGGAUUCCGGGGCUGGAAGGCGUUCGAGACCUCUGUGCCUGAAUGCAUAGCCCGGUACGAGCAGAUUCUCGCGGAAAAAGCCCAAAAGGGCGCCCAGGGCCAUCUCUCGUAUACCAACGGUCGCGACACGCACGACAUUAACGAACUCCUGCCUUUCGACACCGGAAUCUUUGUAAAACUCGAGCCGCCCCCCGCCCUAAAGUUCACCGACAAGGACGGUGGAUGGUGA